UCGGUCGCGUGCGCGCUCGGUACCAUGCCUUUCCUCGGGCAGGACUGGCGGUCUCCUGGCCAGAGCUGGGUGAAGACAGCCGACGGCUGGAAACGCUUCCUGGACGAGAAAAGCGGCAGUUUCGUGAGCGACCUCAGUAGUUACUGCAACAAGGAGAAUCUCUUCAACAGCCUGAACUACGACGUCGCAGCCAAGAAGAGAAAGAAAGACAUCCUGAACAGCAAAACCAAAACUCAGUAUUUCCAUCAAGAAAAAUGGAUCUAUGUUCACAAAGGAAGUACUAAGGAGCGCCAUGGAUACUGCACUUUGGGGGAAGCUUUCAACAGACUGGACUUCUCAACUGCCAUCCUGGAUUCCCGAAGAUUCAACUACGUCGUAAGGCUGUUGGAGCUGAUAGCUAAGUCACAGCUCACAUCCCUCAGUGGCAUCGCCCAAAAGAACUUCAUGAACAUUUUGGAAAAAGUUGUACUGAAAGUCCUCGAAGACCAGCAAAACAUAAGACUCAUAAGGGAACUUCUCCAGACCUUGUACACAUCCCUAUGCACACUGGUCCAGAGAGUCGGCAAGUCUGUGCUGGUGGGCAACAUCAACAUGUGGGUGUAUCGGAUGGAGACCAUUCUACAUUGGCAGCAGCAGCUGAACAGCAUCCAGAUCAGCAGGCCUGCCUUCAAAGGCCUCACCUUCACCGACCUGCCUGUGUGCUUGCAACUGAAUAUCAUGCAGAGGCUGAGUGAUGGGCGGGACUUGGUCAGCCUGGGCCAGGCAGCCCCUGACCUGCAUGUGCUCAGCGAGGACCGGCUACUGUGGAAGAGACUCUGCCAGUACCACUUCUCAGAGCGGCAGAUCCGCAAGCGAUUGAUCUUGUCUGACAAGGGACAGCUGGAUUGGAAGAAGAUGUAUUUUAAGCUUGUACGAUGUUACCCGAGGAGAGAGCAAUACGGGGACACCUUGCAGCUUUGCAAACACUGCCACAUUCUCUCCUGGAAGGGUACUGACCAUCCGUGCACAGCCAACAACCCCGAGAGUUGCUCCAUCUCACUUUCACCCCAGGACUUUAUCAAUUUGUUCAAGUUCUGAAUCCCAGCGCUUGACGACACUUCACAAGGCUCCUGCUGCCUGGAUGGCUAGGGGUUCAGACACUUCCUUUGUAAAUAGUGUACAUUUUAAGCAUUGGCUUGAAACUGCUGGGAGAAGUCGCUGA